AUGGUCCUGUCCAUUUUUUCUGACGACGCCGAUGAUCAGAUCUCACCCACCGGACCUGCACCAUUUGGCUGGACCACUGGUCACCAUCUUCCCAAGACAGACACCAAGCCGCCCUCUCUAGUCUGUAAACCUAAGCACGACAAGAAGAUUUGCAAUUUUUCCACUAUGUCGGACUCACCGCUGGUUGCAUGCUCGAACUGGAAGAGAGUUAUGUUUGUCCUGAAAAAGGGCAAGCCUUAUGAUGACCCUUCAUCCAUUAGUAAGACUAGUGUCCAUGAAUUCAGCAAGCUAAGAUACCUGACACAGUUUAAUUCAACUGAGAGGAAGUGGAGGAUGAUGAACUACACCAAGUUUAUGUUUGUCCGUGACCCAUUCGUCUGUCUCAUCUCUGCUUACCGUUCAAAAUUUCUGUAUAAACAGAAAAACACAUACUUGUAUAAGAAUUAUGGGAAAAUUAUGAUCAAACGGUACAAAAACCAACCGAAUCCACCGCAAACAUUAAAAGAGGCAGAGGAAUUGGGACUCCUCCCCACAUUCAACAACUUCAUUCAGUACCUGGUGGACCCACAAACAGAGAGGAGGGAACCAUUUGAGCCCCACUGGAGACAAAUGUAUCGCCUGUGUCACCCCUGCCUUAUAGAGUAUGAUUUUAUUGGGCAUCAGGAGAAUCUUCAGGAAGAUGCUCAAGAGCUUUUGAAAUUGUUAAAAUUGGAAAAUGACAUUAAAUUCCCGUCAGCCUAUGAAAAUGUGACUACCUCAAAUUCAGUCAUGGAUUGGUUUAAAACAGUGCCUCUGGAGGACAGGAGAAAGCUGUUCGACAUCUAUAAAUGGGAUUUUAAACUGUUUGGAUACAAAAGGCCAGAUAGUUUGCUUGAUGGGUAA